AUGGAUGUUCAUGUACAGUACAAAGCAUUGGCCCAAUGUGACAAGGAUAAGGUCAAAGUUAGCAUUGUGUGCAACGAUAUCAACAGAGCUUCACAAGCAAAGUUUAUUGUGACAUUAGUGAUUCUCCACAAGAUUGGCAAGCUUGCCAAGCGCAGAGAUGACCUCAAGACGAACAAGAAAGCUUCCCAAUGGUGUGCUGUUCUUCAGUACAUUCUCUUGAGUCAUGUAAUGCCACCUUGGGUCAAAGAUAUGGCCAUUGAAGUUAUGGAAGAGCUCAUGACUUUUAAAAGCCACACAGCCUUUGAAAAAUCCUACCCAUGGUUGAAGUGCACCUCAGAAAAGGACUGGGAAAGUAUUGUGCCUAUUUUCUCCUAUUGGAUUGUCCAGGUGGGAGGCAAGAACCACAAUCGACAUUCUCCUGUGUGGAAAGACCUUCCCCAAGCCAAGGCGAGUUUGAAAACAUCUUUCUGUUUCAAGGAAUCUUUGGACAAUGGGUUGGAUGAACCAGCAUCAUCCCAGAGUCAGCAGGCUCUCAUGAAUGAACGCCGUGCCGAAGCCGCAGCAAAGAGGAAUGCAUAUUUUCAGCAAAUGAGCGAUAUCAACAGUUGGAGCCUAAAACGCAAGGAAACUGUGCGAACAAUGCUUCCGCCUGGGGCCACAGACGAGGAUAUGAUCCGGAUUGUUCUAGCAGGUGCUGAUGAAGAUCUCACUUUGGAAGAUUUUGAUGAAAGGCUCAUCUCCCGGAAAUUUAAGCUAUAUCUUCCAGGGAUAGCAUUGUCACAUUCCUUUCUGAAGUCCACAAAGGCGAUACUGCCUCCUUCUCAUCUUUCGGAAAACCACACAUUUUCAAGAAUCUAUGAAAAGAACAAAGGAUGCCCAGUAUCCAGAAAAGGUCUAACAGACUGCUUGCAAGGUCUAGCAGGAUGCAUUGGUCCAGACGACCUCAUGGAAGCAAAAGAUAUCAUAUUGAAAACAUGGUCAACAAAUCCAUUCAUGUUUGAUCCUAUGCACUAUUCUACAUUCUCUGGCGGUCUGCAUUUUUCGCCUAUCAUUGACUUCAUGAUGGGCUUCAUGAAAGUUGAGUGGGGCUCGGAUCCUAUCCCUGUCGCAAACCAGAUGAGAGCAAUGGACAAUGAAGAUCAAGAAGGUGCACAGGCCGAUCCAGACCUGACAGAGUUCUUUGACUUUACCAGUUGCUUCUUCUGGAAUGCUGGACAUGCUUUGGUAUCUCUGGGUGCAGAAUCAGCUGCUCUUGAAGUUGAAUGGAAUGUUGGUGACAUUGUCUCAAUCUGCCAGGCUUACCGGCAGACUGGAACCAAAUGCUUCCACCGUGUUUUUCUUUCUAACAUCCCGGACUACACUGGUGUCUUGCCUGUCUUCACGGAUAUCUUUCCUCUGCUCCAUGAAAGCAAAGCAAAAGUUUCCUGUCAUCUUCAUCAUGACAUUCUUUUCAACAACCCAAAAUUUGAAAGCUAUGCCCAGUACCUAUUCAGCACAACAUCUGUUUCGAGCAUACAAAGGGCGGAAGCAUUACUUGGAAUGAAGUAUUUGGGCAAUGCCGAUGAUGGUGCCUGGCAGGAUUAUCUAUGGACAAGGUCACCUAAAGCCUUCAAAAUGAUGUCAAAAGAAGAAUUUUGCACUUGGUUGCAGAGUCUUUUCCUUUUGACCAUUUUGCCGCCCGUGCGAACCUACAACCAAAACCUCAGGGUACACUAUCCAAACUCUGUUGCGGCCUUUGUUCACCUUCGCAAAUUUUUUGUGCAUCACCUCAAGUAUCCAGCCCACUGGGUGUCCUGUACUCUCGAUGAGAUGCUAUGCACUUCGUCUUCACAGCAAUUCUCAACAAAGGCAAUCAUCCCAUCUUACGACCCACCACUGCCAGUUCAGAGCAAAGGGAAAGAACAGAAGAUUGACAUCAGUGCAUUUACCCUGGAUCUUCAGACUCAAGUGGCAAUAAGCAUUCAACAACAACAACAACUCUCAAAACAACUCUUCUAUCUCCACUGGAAGCCACUCUGUCUUCCAAGCCCCUGCAACAAUACGAAUUGA